GAGCUUGAGUGAAACUUGAGUCGCUAGUGUGUUGCUGUAGGAAAGUGAGGCAGACUGAAGUGGACACGGUUGUGGGGGUGGGGAACUGAACCAAUCGCACUGGUGGAAAAUCUUGAGGAAAACUCGGCAGGACCGCUCCGGAAAUACCCCAUAUUGCUGCUACAGAUUUUUCUCGGUUUUAAGUUUUAUUACUCGCCGACGAUCAGGAAGCUGUGCAGGCUGCGGUUUGAGAAAGGAUCAUGGCUUCCCAGGCUGACCUGAUGGAGCUGGACAUGGCCAUGGAGCCCGACCGUAAGGCAGCAGUGAGCCACUGGCAGCAGCAGUCCUACCUGGACUCUGGCAUCCACUCUGGGGCCACCACCACCGCCCCUUCCCUCAGCGGCAAGGGCAACCCAGAGGAGGAGGAUGUGGACAACCAGGUGCUGUACGAGUGGGAGCAGGGCUUCUCCCAGUCCUUCUCUCAAGACCAGGUGGCAGACAUAGACGGGCAGUACGCCAUGACGCGUGCCCAGCGCGUGCGGGCGGCCAUGUUCCCCGAGACCCUGGACGAGGGCAUGCAGAUCCCGACCACGCAGUUCGACGGCGCCCACCCCACCAACGUGCAGCGCCUGGCCGAGCCAUCCCAGAUGCUGAAGCACGCCGUGGUGAACCUGAUCAACUACCAGGACGACGCCGAGCUGGCCACGCGAGCCAUCCCAGAGCUCACAAAGCUGCUCAACGACGAGGACCAGGUGGUGGUGAACAAGGCGGCGGUGAUGGUGCACCAGCUGUCGAAGAAGGAGGCGUCGCGCCACGCCAUCAUGCGCUCGCCGCAGAUGGUGUCGGCCAUCGUGCGCACUAUGCAGAACACCAACGACGUGGAGACGGCCCGCUGCACGGCCGGCACCCUGCACAACCUGUCCCACCACAGAGAGGGCCUGCUCGCCAUCUUCAAGUCCGGGGGCAUCCCCGCCCUGGUCAAGAUGCUGGGGUCUCCAGUGGACUCUGUGCUGUUCUACGCCAUCACCACCCUCCACAACCUGCUGCUGCACCAGGAGGGGGCCAAGAUGGCGGUGCGCCUGGCCGGGGGCCUGCAGAAGAUGGUGGCACUGCUCAACAAGACCAACGUCAAGUUCCUGGCCAUCACCACAGACUGCCUGCAGAUCCUGGCCUACGGCAACCAGGAGAGCAAGCUGAUCAUCCUGGCCAGCGGAGGGCCCCAGGCUCUGGUCAACAUCAUGAGGACCUACACAUACGAGAAGCUGCUGUGGACCACCAGCAGAGUGCUCAAGGUCCUGUCGGUGUGCUCCAGCAACAAGCCUGCCAUCGUCGAGGCUGGUGGCAUGCAGGCCCUGGGACUCCACCUGAACGACCCCAGCCAGAGACUGGUCCAGAACUGCCUGUGGACCCUCAGGAACCUAUCAGAUGCUGCCACCAAACAGAGCUUGGCCUUAGCUGAAGUAGAUGUGAUGCAGGAGGGCAUGGAGGGGCUGCUCGGCACGCUGGUGCAGCUCCUGGGCAGCGACGACAUCAACGUGGUGACGUGCGCGGCCGGCAUCCUGUCCAACCUCACGUGCAACAACUACAAGAACAAGAUGAUGGUGUGCCAGGUGGGCGGCAUCGAGGCGCUGGUGCGCACCGUGCUGCGGGCCGGCGACCGCGAGGACAUCACGGAGCCCGCCAUCUGUGCCCUGCGCCACCUCACCUCGCGCCACCAGGACGCCGAGAUGGCCCAGAACGCCGUGCGCCUGCACUACGGCCUGCCCGUGGUGGUGAAGCUGCUGCACCCGCCCUCGCACUGGCCCCUCAUCAAGGCCACAGUAGGUCUGAUCCGCAACUUGGCGCUGUGCCCGGCCAACCACGCCCCUCUGAGGGAGCAGGGGGCCAUCCCCAGGCUGGUCCAGCUGCUGGUCCGAGCCCACCAGGACACACAGAGACGCACCUCCAUGGGAGGCACGCAACAGCAGUUCGUGGAGGGAGUUCGUAUGGAGGAAAUAGUGGAGGGCUGCACUGGAGCGCUGCACAUCCUGGCCAGAGACGUCCACAACAGAAUUGUCAUCAGAGGACUCAACACCAUUCCACUCUUUGUACAGCUGCUGUACUCGCCCAUAGAGAACAUCCAGCGCGUGGCGGCCGGCGUGCUGUGUGAGCUGGCCCAGGACAAGGAGGCGGCCGAGGCCAUCGAGGCCGAGGGAGCCACUGCCCCCCUCACAGAGCUGCUGCACUCCAGGAACGAGGGCGUGGCCACCUACGCUGCUGCCGUGCUGUUCCGUAUGUCCGAGGACAAGCCCCAGGACUACAAGAAACGCCUCUCUGUGGAGCUCACCAGCUCCCUCUUCAGAACGGAGCCCAUGACCUGGAACGAGACUGGAGACCUGGGUCUGGACAUCGGUGCUCAGGGAGAGCCCCUGGGCUACCGCCAGGAAGACCCCAGCUACCGCUCCUUCCACUCUGGAGGCUACGGCCAGGACUCGCUGGGCAUGGACCCCAUGAUGGAGCAUGACAUGGGGCAGCACCACCCCGGGCCUGACUACCCCGUGGACGGCUUGCCUGACCUGGGCCACGCCCAGGAUCUGAUUGACGGCCUGCCCCCCGGAGACAGCAACCAGCUGGCGUGGUUUGAUACGGACUUGUAAAUAACCCCCCCUACCUUUCUAGCUGUAUAGUCUGAUCUGAAUGAACCUGCAUUGUGAUUUGGCCUGAAGAGUUGCUGAGAGGAAGGGUGGGGAGGUGGGCGUGGAUCUCAGAAAGUGCCUGACACACACACACUACUACAAGCUGAGGUUUCCAUGGGAACCGGAGGAGGACAAAACGUUGUUUCUGGUCUCUGUCGGAGUUGAAACCCGCUAAAAGGAAUUCCCAGAGUGGCUCACUCAAAAGAUGGAAGAAGGCUCACGAAGUGGAUCUCGGAGAUGGAAUUUUAAAAAACCCCUUUGUCUGUAUUUUUUUACAUUUUUUUUAAUUUUUAUUAUGAUUCUUCAGUCUGUAAUGGUGACUGAUUUAGCCUGCUUUAUUAUACUCAUCUCCUUUUUUGCAGUAAUUUGUACCUUUUUAGUCUCUCGUAGUGUUAAGUUAUAGUGGUAAUGCUCCAUCAAUUAAGAUUUUAUCAAGUUAUGGUGUAGAACACUAAUUAAUCAGUUGAAUUGUAUUCUGAUCAAGUGUAACAUUGUGUAGCUUUUGUAUAAAAAAAAAACCAAGAAUUGGAAAACGGUCCAAAUAUCAACUAUUUUCUUGCUUUAACGAGGGUGCACUGUUCUAGUGACACAACAGUUCCAAAGGGUAUGUUCUUGGUGGGGGGCAGAGGUGAUUAUUAUGGUCUGUCUUUUUUGAUGGUAGCUGUCGAGGGUUGUGAAAAGAUUUCCCUUAUUAUUGUAGCCUGCUGUGCUUAUUGGAGACAUGGUUAUGACAUGGCUAAACAAUAAAAUGGACUUUAAUUUCA